GUGGGUGGGGCUAAUUUCGGUGGACAGCAAUAGUGGAUUGCGUAUCUCUCUCACAAAGUCACACACUAUCUCUCUCUAUCAAUCUUAAGCACUUCUUCUUCUAGUGCUCAGAGCUUACCUUAAUCAAUUGACUUUCCAUUUGAUUCUUUCUUUAAUGAUUCUCUGAACCGUCCUUUUGUUUCUACACACAGCUUUUUUAAAUCAUCAUCCAAACUCCAAAUUUACUACAACUACUAUAUAUACUUAUUUCAUGGAAACAGAGAGAAUCCAAACCAAACCCAUCGCACCAAGCUACCUUAUCACCUUCCUCCCCUUUCUUUCACUCUCUCUCUCUACACUCUAGAGAGAGAAACUGAAUAAUAGGAUACAAUUCAACCAAGAUCAGAAAGACCAUUUUGGGUGAUUUGCUGUUUGUAAGGUGAAGACCCAAUUAUGGUGGGAAUUUUCUCUAGAUUUUCUGUCGGCAGAAAUGGCCACCGUCGAACCCAAAGUGCACUUGAUGAGAGGGAGGUAUUGCCCCCAAAUGCUGAGGCUACUGGCGCUGCUACUGUAGCUGGUGUUGCAUCGGCUGUUGCUCAUGGGAUUGAAGUGGCAGUUGAGUUUAAGCCGGUUGAGCACCCAACUGAGCCUCCUGACAAUGAUCGACCAAUUCAAUGCCCACUGCCUGAACCUUCAAUUCUUAAUGAUGGAAGAAUAUGGAAGGAGAGAGUAUCUGCAGGAGUGCGAAGGAGGUCUGACUUGCCGGUAAUGCAGGAAGGGACUGACAUAGAAUCUGAGAGUGCUGGAACAAAGUCACGGACCCCAUCUAAUCGCAUGAUUCUACCAUCAAUCAGUGCCCCCGAACAUAAUAUCCUUAAACUGCUUGAAGAAUCUGGGAUAUAAUUUGCGUUUUACUUGUUCGUUACUGGAAGUUCUCGUUAUACUCUGUAUAAAAUUUGACAUGCUUUUAUUUUCUUCCGAGUCUUUUUUCCUUGUCCAUCGUAAUCAAUUUCUUGAAAGUAUGUAUUUGCAAAUGAAUCCUUGUGAAGUCACACUAUAUGCAUGUAUAUUUAAACAGUAAGAUUGAAAGUUUCAGUUUGAGUAAGCUGAUUGUUAUCAGUUCAAAUUUGCUUCAA